AUGUUAUUCCUCGGCGUUGUUGUGGCUCUCCUAGCGGGACCGGAUCCCGCCAUUGGGGCCAUCACCUCUAGCCUACAGAGCAUUUUAAAAAACACCCACGGCAGCACAGACUAUGGAUAUCCCACUGAUCUGACAAGAGAUCUCUUACCUAUUCCUGUUCAUUCUCAUAACGAUUAUUGGCGAGACGAGCCUUUCUAUACCGGUCUCUCACAUGGCUGCACGUCUACCGAAGCUGAUGUCUGGCUAUACAAUGGCACCCUCUAUGUUGGCCAUGAUCAAUCUGCCCUGACGGCGUCGCGAACCCUUGAAUCCUUGUAUAUCAAUCCAAUUCUAGAUGUCCUAGAGCGCCAAAAUCCCGAGAGUCCAUUUGUAUCAUCGCCUACUAAAAACGGUGUGUGGGAUACUGUUCCCGACCAAACGCUUUACUUCUUCAUUGAUGUGAAGACAUCUGGCCCCGAAACUUUCAAGGCUGUGAUUGCCGCUCUAGAGCCUCUGCGAGAGAAGGGCUACCUUACCACCGUCAAGGAUGGCAAGACCGUUACCAACGGACCCGUCACUAUCAUUGGCACAGGAGAGACACCGUUCGACAUGGUUGCGCCCAUCAAAGACCGAGACUACUUUUUUGAUGCGCCUCUCGCGGAUCUUAAUGAUCCCAAGUACGCCGGUGUAACUGGAGUUAUCUCGCCUGUUGCUUCAACAGAUUUCCAGAAAGCUGUCGGCAAGAUAACUGUCGACACGGACCCAAUUCUCUCGGACGACCAACUCAAAGCUCUCCGAGACCAAAUUGCCACCGCAAAUGAUCGCGGGAUUGGUGCUAGAUAUUGGAACACGCCGUACUUCCCGAUUCGUGCACGAAACCUUGUCUGGAGGACUCUUUUGAGGGAAGGGGUCAUUCUGCUCAAUGCCGAUGAUCUAGAUGCUGUGGCUUCUUACUUUUAA